AUGAAUAGCACGCAGUAUGAAGAAGUGAUUUUAAAUGCAGUAAACGUCGUUACCGAGGGAUUUAUUACUGUUUUAACUAAUACCACAGCUUUCUUACAUGCACGCUACUCAGCUACACGCAAUGCUCGUCUACGACUUAAGGAUAAAUAUUAUUUGUUUUUGUGUGAACAUGAAGAUCCUGUGGAAUUUUUACGCAACGAACUAUUACAGUUUUAUCCACAUCAUCUUAUGAUUGUACCCAGAAGCAAGUAUAACAACUAUGAAAUUAAACAGAACAAAGCCGAUCGUAUAUCCAAAGCUCAAAAUAUGGUAAAACAAACAUCAUGGUCUAGUGGUAAUGCUACAAUCAAAACAACAACAAGUAUAGUAACCACAUCUGAUGGAACUUCAGCCUUUAGAAACUGUAAACAGUGCCCGGGUCAUCGUAACUUUAAUUUUGAAUUGUGGACACAAAAGUACGUUGGUACUGUUGGCAAUUUGGAUGCUAAACACUUGGAUACUUAUCUUGCAAGUGAAAGAACUUUUCUCAAAAACACUGACCUUUAUCCGGACAAACUUACAAAGCUACAUGGACGUACAUUACGAAUGGGCUCACAUACGUACUUACCAUACGCGUCAACUAAUUAUGUGCCGGCUGGAACGGGUAACGUGGAUGCAAUAGACCCACAAGCCCAUAAUCGGACAGUAUCUUUCAUUGGUUCCGAAGCGGAAUUAAUCAUUAGUUUUUGUCAAAACUACGAUUGCCAUUUAAGAGUUCAACCUUACGGCGAAAAUGGUUGGGGCGAUGUUUAUGAUAAUGGAACUGGCGUAGGCAUGUUUGGCGGCUUAUUCGCGCAACAUAUAGAAUGUGCAAUCGGAUCUAUGUAUGAUUGGUAUCAUGACUUGUAUGAAGUCUCGCACGAAAUUGCCGAAACAAAGAUAAAAUUUGUGACACCAGGACCAUCACAAUACCCACGCUGGCGCAUCAUUAUUAUGCCAUUCUCCUUAAAAGCCUGGAUUUUUAUUAAAUAUUUAGGAUAUUGUCUGCGACCAACGCGUUCCCUUCAAAAGGAAAAAUAUAAAUUUAUAAAGCAUUUUCUUAAAACUCUGCUAGAUGUCUUUGCAGUAUUUAUACAGCAACCUUCGGCAGAUACAAGUCUUCAUCGCAUUGCUUCACGGGUUUGCUUGGCAACGCUUCUCUUUGCGACACUCACUUUAGAAAAUACGUACAGUGGGCAGCUGAAAUCUUUUCUUACAGCACCAUUAUUUACGGAUCCCGUGGAUACUAUGGACAAAUGGACUAAAACGAAUUGGAAAUGGACAGCGCCGUCGAUGGAAUGGAUCAUUAAUGUCGAAGAUUCCGACUUGGUCAAGGAUCAGAUAUUAGCUCAAAAAUUUGAAAUCAAUGAUCCCGAUUUCUUAUACAAUAUCAGUUUCCGCGAUGACUAUGGCUUGGGAAUUGAAGGUUUAUUCAGCGGUUCAUUUACUUUUGGUAAAUAUAUAACAGCACCAGCAUUGGAAGGAAAAAUUGUAAGUUAUAUUAACGCAAUACUUUAUCUGCCAUCGUGGACCGGAUUGAGUUCACCUAUACGUUUUAUUAAUAAGAGAGCCCUGUUAAGGCAAAUGGUAACUAAAGACGCUUUAUACACGGCUUGGACUGUGGCUGCGGGUAUACGAGGUUGGCCGUUAAUGCCUUUACUAAAUCGACAUAUAUCGCAUUGCUUCGAAACGG